AUGAAUCUUUAUGUAAACAUCAAAUCCAAUAAAGUAGCUUGCAGUCCAUAUACACUGUACGACUGCUUGAAGAAAACCAACCAACGAUUAUCGGAUUUACUAAAUGGCGAUCAUCAGGACGCACACGAGUUUUUAAUAGUUCUUAAUCAAGAGCUAGAACGGCCACCACAUUCGGCUCGUUGGUUUUCAAAUAAUUUCUCUAUGAAAUUGGCAACAAGUAUAAAAUGCGAUUCAUGUGGAAAAGUUCACGAGUCGACUAGUCCAGUCACAGACCUUGCUUUACAUUUGGAAGGGAAUCAGUCGAUUCAAGCUGCUGUGGAUUCAUAUUUUGAUUAUGACGACGUGGAUUUUCUCUGUGAAGAAUGCAGAACUUACGAUACCGUCAAAAAGAAACACCUCAUACUAUCUGCACCACCGUGUAUUUGCUUGCAACUCAGACGAUUUUCGGAACAAGGCACAAAGAUAACGGACGCAAUCGAAAUUUCCGGAAUAAGCUUGAAAAAACAUUUUCUGAAAACUCAGACGUCGGAAUGGAACUAUGAGUUGGUUGCUAUCGUUAAUCAUUUUGGACAAUCCAGAAAUGUUGGACACUACAACACUAUUGUCUUGACAUCGAAUGGAGAGUACUAUGAGUUCGAUGACCGUAGUGUUCGUAAAGUCAGUUCGAAUAUUGUUUCGGGGGAAAAUGCAUAUUUACUGUUUUACAAGCAAGUUGAGGUACCCCGAAAUAACAGUGUGGAGGGUUUUUGUACCAGCAAUGACAAUUUUAGUGACGAUCGGUGUCCUAGCACAGAAAGUCGAUCCUCUAUUGAUGUCAACGACCAUAGCGUUACAAAUCGAUAAAGCAACCCC